CUGAGGCAUGUUUGCAGGACAUUUGGGAGUUUUCAGGGAUUCUUCAGUUUUUCUCUUUGUCCUGCAGGCCGCCUUUCUUCUCCUGGUAGAGUGGACACGUGUGGCCAUGAUGUUCCUGGUGGUCCUGGCUGUGACUCUGGGCCUUGUGGUCGCCUCUCCAGUACCAGCCACCCCGGGCCACGCUAAUGCAUCGCACGAAGGGGAGCCCUUGAGGGUGGGGUUCCUAUUUAAGCCGUUUCUAGGUGGCGCCGGCCUGGGCGAGAUGCUGAAGGAAGUAGAACAACUGAUCGAGGACUCAAAGACAAAGCUGAUGAAAGCCGUGAGAGAGUUGGAUGCAGAUAAAAUCUCAGGAGACCUGCAGCCCAAUUAUCCUAACGAAUCAGUGACAGAAACUGACGUGGCCCAUGCCACCAUCCUGACCAAGCAAGAGAUCAUAAAGGAUUGCAUUGUGGACGAGGACUGCCGGCCUGGAAAUUACUGCCAUCUCUCCGGCUCGGAGUACAGAUGUCUGCCAUGUGAGGGGGAGGAGACGUGCACCAGGGACGGGGAGUGCUGUGAGGGGCGGCUGUGUGUCUGGGGUCAGUGCAGACCAUCUUCCAAGGGCAGGAGCGGGACAAUCUGCGGGACUGAGCAGGACUGUGGCCUUGGACUGUGCUGCGCAGUUCAUACAAGUCUCCUGCUUCCAGUGUGCACCCCGCUGCCCGCUAAGGGUGAACAGUGCCAAAUCCAGCCGCCAUUACUACCGCUCUUCACAUGGGAGUUGGAGCCUGAAGUCCCUGUGAGCCUUUGCCCCUGUCCCAGCGGACUGGUCUGCCAGCCUCAGAGCUACAGCCCGGUGUCUGUCUGUGAAGACCCAUCUCCACUCACCACCAGGAGCGAUCACCCCGAGGCCCCAGCAGAGGACCUCUCGUUUUUCAUCCCAGCAGAGGACGAUGAGAUUGCCUAUGAUGGCGACCUCGUGGGGCCCACCGGUUUGGGACUUGACCUCAGCAUCUCUGAAGACGUCAUUGAGCAGGAGUCAGAACUCGUUCCUCAGCCGCUCUUUACAGAUGAUAUUUAAAGAUCUUAAAAACAAAGCUGCCCCCGAUACAAGCCGAGAGAACACAAUCACCCCCAUUUUAUUUUUGCGCACAGAGCAAACUGGUUUACAGAGAGGACACAUCCGUCACCUGAGCGGUGGCAGCGCUUCUUCCCACAUUCAUCUAAAGCAUCAGUCUUCAGCCUCUUCUUGCAGAGCAGUCGCCCCCGCGCACACGUUUCCCCUGUGCUGGCGCUGCAGGGAAAUCUUGGCGGUAGGACAACCUGGGGAUGGUCUAAAGUGGAGCGCCCCUUUAAGGACCAGUCUAAAAGGUGACAUUGCAUCUAGAGAAAUUUGAAUGGUUCAUUACCGAUAUUUAAAGGUACAGGCUGCAGUUUCUAGAACACACACAGAGAAAUCACUUUGCUGGAUGGAAGCGCAAUAAAUCUCGACCUUCAUUUCAUACCGUACAUUUCUUGUGUUUGCAUGAGUCACGUGAAAUAUGAUUUGCAGCUAUAAUUUUUGGCAGAACAGACGCUCCUGAGUCCAGGAAAUAAACCAUUUUAAUAUUUUGGUGCAGCUUGUGGUGCUUUUCUGAUCUGCGCGACUCGCGAGUCACCAACAAAACGGACAGAAGAUUAUAAAACAGCAAAUAUUACAUGAGAUGAUCAGGGCCGCGGCAUUUUAAAGGAUGUAGCGCCACCUGGUGGAGUAAGGAGGAACAGACAGCAGAACGCGUUGCGAUAACAUUCUUGUAUAAAGCUGUGACUCAUCUAUUAAAGGAACAGUCCAGUAUUGUGCAUCGGGCAGGGCCUGUAAGGGUGUGACAUCAAUAUUGAAUGCCCGUGUCAUGCUCCGCCCCUUCAGGCUAUCACAAACGUAUCAGUUUGUCCUGGAGUGUUCCUUUAAUAGGUGUCAGGCGCGGUUGUCAGCCCCGCCCCUCACGGUUCUACAUUCACACCGCUUCGUACCAAGAAGAAAAACAUGAUAUUUUUUUUUUAUUUUUUGUAAUUUAUUGGCAUGUUUAUUGUUGUAAACAGCGGUCGGCAUGGAAAAAAAAAUUAUCAAAACUUUGUACUGAUCUGUUAUAAAUUAGAUGGCAAUUUCCAGAGUGAUGCAGAGAAAUCUAUUUCAUUUUGUGGGUUUUUAGUUCUGCUAAACGGAUUUUACGCGUUUUUUAUUGGAGUUUGAUGAUUAAAAAAAA